GUAGCUAUUUUCACUAAGGUAGCAACGCUCUUAGGAGACAGUGUAUUUUCAGCGUAAUCAUAGAGGUCAAGCGCUAUUUGUUUGUUAUAUUAAACAAACAGAAACCUGUUACAAACGUCAGCUUAUAUUCAUAACAAAAUUUAUUUAAUGAUUAGACUUAUCCACUCACCACGUAAAUCUAAAAACUCUUAAAAUAUCUUAAGCCUUAUUAUGUAUCAUGGUCAGUAUAUACAUUGCGACCUUUCCUGGUUCCGUCCAAUUGAUCAACUUAAAGUGUAUUAGUAGAAGUAAGUUAACACUGAAUGUCAAUACAGACGAACAGAGCGUUAAUAUAAAAAGUCGACUGUUAUAUUUUAGUUAUACGAAACUAAUGGAGUGUUUACUAUUAGAAGGCGUUCUAUAACAGAUUAUAUAUUAUUUGUUUAAAAAAUGAGAUAUUCUUUAUCAAAAAUAUCAUUCGCGGUCUAAUAAGUUAUAUAUACCUUACUGUGGAUAUCAUUUAUCAAAAGUUUAUAAGGAAGUCUACAGUCAGUGUGUGACUUUAGAACAGGAAAUAGCAAUGGAGGAUAGAAAUAACGCUGUGCAGAAGUUAGAAGUCGCCGUGGAUACGGUCAAUGCAGCUACACGCCCGGAUCAGCAAGUGCCGGCAGGGGAAGAAGGUGACGUCAAAGUGACUCCAAUACAAGUAAAACAGAUGAUGAAAUCGUUCAGCAUAUUUGACAGUAACAACGACAACACCCUGGACAGCGAGGAGUUAGCACAAGCAUUUAGGGUUAUGGGUCUGAACCUCACUAACAAACAGCUUGACGAUAUUGUCAAAGAAGCCGACGUAGAUAAGAAUGGCCGUGUAGAUGAGCAGGAGUUUAUACGCUUGAUCAUGAAACAUAUGCAGAGCCGAGAAGAGGCUAAGAAGGAGUUAAGAGACGCUUUUGCUGUAUUUGAUACAUAUGGUGAAGGCAGGGUGAACCAAGAAGAAUUAGUAAAGACUUUACGACUGUGUGGAGACCCUCUAACAGACAAGGAAGCUAGCCAAUUAAUGUCUGCAAUGGACACAAAUAAAGAUGGAUAUAUUGACAUCAAUGAAUUUGUGAAUUUUCUCACCAAGUCAAUACCGAUUGGAUAUUAUACAACAAACACAGGAUAAAUCCCGCAACAGAAUGGCUGAAACAUGAAACAAUGUCGCUGCACAAUAUGUUUCUACACAACCCGUUUCAACUUCUGUUUAGAUAUUUUCAUAUAAACAGUGUGUCCUUGUAGCCAAAACACAUUUACAGUUUUAUAUCUUUAGCAUUUUGUAUGAAGUAUGAUAUACAAGUUCAAAUGGGAUACUUCUAAUAAGGUAAUUAAAAUGUUAACAUGCAAUUGAAGUUAUGAUUUUUAGAAAGUAAUCAAAUAUUUUGAAUGUGUACUUGAACCUUCUGACUGACUGACUGCCAGGUUCCAACGAAUACCUGGCGUGCUAAGGACAGGGCUCUGAUCCUAAAACACACUAAUAUAGAACGUUGACCCUACUUUGAACGUAUGUCGCCGGCAUGUUCAAACUCUGUCAGCAU